GGCCGCCAAAUUAAUAGAGCAAGUUCAAUAAAGCUAUGAGGGUUGAGGGCGAAGAGUAGGGUUGGGCGUGAGAGUUGACUCUUGAAUCCUUGAAUCCUUAUGUGACAGCAAAAGCUUCUGUGGUGUGGGCAGCCGACAUAUUCUCGACUUUCGUCAAGUCCGACUUUCCAACCUUUAGCUUUGGGUUGAUCAAAAUCAGAAGUGUAGACUCGUCUAUCUUCUUAAAGAGUUAAAGGAGCUACCAGGCAUGACAAAUUUAAUAGUUUAUGCAACAGAAGAAUCCUAAUUUCCUUCAUUCAUGUGUAAAUCCAAGCGACGAUCCGACGGAAUAGAGCCCAACUCAACCUCUGCGACUUCUCGAAGGCCUACGGCAUCAUCCCGUAAUUCUUCUCAUACUACCAGACCCUCACGCUCCUCCUCUGCAAGCGCCCAAAACGGUCUUUUCUGGACCUCACCGUCUACGACCCCAAUUUCUUCCCCACUUUCAACCACUACUCUCUCAAGCUUCAGGCUCUCUCUAUCUCAAAAUCCUCUCAUAUUCUCCUUCUCCGAGAUCUGCUCCGCCACCGCCAACUUCGCCGCCGGCAAACUCUCCUCCGCCGCUUGGCGCUGUUCCAUUCGAGGCACAGACGUCCUCAUCUUCCAACGCAAGCUCCGCCGUCCCAUCGAGCCCCAUCAUCUCCACACACGGCUCUCCUUGAUCGGUAGGGCUCACUACAACAACCUCGUCAAGCUCAUCGGCGCAUCACGCUCCAACGAACACGUCUACCUUGUCUACGAGCACGUCCAAGGUUCUAACCUUGCCACUUGUCUCCGAAACCCUAAAAACCCUCACUUCACAAUCCUCUCAACCUGGAUUUCGCGAAUGCAGAUCGCAACCGAUGUCGCCCACGGACUCGAUUACAUCCACAGCUGCGACGGUUCGGAUUCGAAACUCAUCCACAAUCACAUCAAGAGUUCUUCCAUAGUCGUGACCGAGCCUUCCUUCAACGCCAAGAUCUGCCAUUUCGCCACCGCCGAACUCUGCGGUGAGACCUCGGAGGAUCAGAUAAACUGCCAGGUCAGAGAGUUAGAAGAUUUGGAGUCCCCUAAGUUGAAGAGAUCAGUGAGCCAAAGCAGGACAUUCGAAGGGACGAGGGGAUACAUGUCGCCGGAGUUCAAGUCAAGCGGGGUGGGAAGUCAGAAAUCGGACGUGUUCGCUUUCGGAGUGGUGAUGUUGGAGCUCCUAUCGGGAGAAGAGCCUCUGAAGUACGAGUUUGAGAGAGCAAGGAAGUGUUACAGGAGAAUAUCAGUGAUAGAAACAGCGCGAGAGGUAAUGGAAAUGGAGGGUGAAGAUGAACAAGGUAUGAGGGUAAGGAGUUGGAUUGACAGGAGAUUAAAGGAUUCGUUUCCGGUGAUGGUGGCGAGGAAGAUGACCAAGGUGGCGCUAGAGUGCGUCGACAUGGAGCCGGAGAAGAGGCCCGCUAUGAGUCGGGUUGCUGUCAAGAUUUCCAAGCUGUUUUUAGAGUCAAAGAUUUGGUCUCAAAAUAUCGGAACGCCCUCCGACGCAACUCUCUCAUUUGCCCCACGGUAGAUCUUGUAUAGGCUCUGACUUUUGACUUUUGACUUUUGACUUUUCAACCCCAAACAUUACUCUUA